CGAUCUCAGCCCAGGCCGCAGUCCUGAUUUCUCAUACCUAUCAGGGCAAUUCGAUCGCCUACAAAUAUAGAGACCUCGCCAAUCCCCCAAGUCUCACUCCAGUUCCUACCCACAUCCAAUCUCUUGGGCCUCUUCUUCCACAUAUCAAGCGCCCUUCCUCCCGCUUCCAAGAUACUUCCACAGAGGUCUUCCUACAUCUACCAAGAAACAUAUCACCAACGACCCUCGCUCACACCCCUCGUUUCUAAACACACCAAAAGGGUCACGGGCUUCUGAAGCCUUCUUCUCCUACCGCGGAUCAUCUCCUUCUUAGGCAUCGGCCGGUAUCCCUCCACCGCCCCUUAUCUUCCUCUUCUUCUUCGUCUUUAAUAUACCCGUUGUCUACGACCGCCAUCAUGAAUACUCUCAUCUUCGGAGACCAGACCGCCGACCAGUAUCCGCUGCUGCGGAAGGCAUGCGUUUGGAAAAACAAUGCUCCGCUCACGACCUUCCUGGAACACAUCAGUGUUGUCCUCCGCGAAGAGGUACAGAAGCUGCCGCGGCCGCAGCGAGAACAGAUUCCGGACUUCCUUACCGUCCGCGAUCUGGUGGAGUUGUAUUACGCAAAGGGCGUGAAAGUCCCUCAAAUGGAGAGCUGCAUAGUCACAAUAGCACAGCUGGCGCACUACAUAGGGUAUUAUGGUGAGAACCCGACGCAGUCGCCAAACCCAGCAAACACCAGAGUGCUGGGCCUGUGCACUGGAUUGAUCGCGGGCUCUGUUGUUGCGUCCGCGAAGACUCUGCCCGAGCUCCUCCCCCUCGCCGUCGAAGCCGUCCGCCUCGCAUUCCGCACCGGAACUUGCGUCGGAGCCGCUAGGGAUGCCCUUGAACACGCCGCGCAUGCAAAGGAGAGCUGGUCCACCAUCGUCACCGGCGUUUCCGAGAACGCUGCGAAGAGCGCCUUUGCAGAGUUCCACGACGAGCGGAGAAUAUCCGCGUCGGCGCAGGCUUACGUUAGCGCGGUUAGCGUGAUGGCCAUUACCGUCAGCGGUCCCCCAUCAACAACAAAGCGGCUUUUCGAGGAAAUCGAUGCAUUCAAGAACAACACCCGCGUCCCUAUCCCCGUCUACGCGCCGUACCAUGCACCUCACAUCUACAGCCAAGCGGACAUUGACCGCAUCUUGGCUGUUGAGAGCUUCGAGCUUUACAAGAAUUCUCGCCCGCAAGCCUUGAUCCACUCCGCAUCCACCGGCAAGUGCCACACCGCCACCAACACUCUGGACUUACUCAAGAGUGCUCUUAGCGAGAUUCUUCUCGAGCCCGUCCGAUGGGACAACCUCUUGGAGGAGGCAGUGUCGCAGAUCACCGCAGUCAGCCACGCUGAGUGUUCAGUGUCUGCAAUCGGUGUCACCAAUGUGGCCAACAGCUUGGCUUCUGCUCUUAAGGCUGGCGGUCAGUCCUCCAUAUCCGUCCGCGAUCACACUUCAUGGACUGUUGCGUCGGAGGAAUCGCGAGGUCGCACGCAAAACGACAAGAUCGCCAUCGUCGGUAUGGCUGGUCGUUUCCCUGGCGCUGCCAACCACGAAGAGCUCUGGGAGUUGCUCUCGAAGGGCUUAGAUGUCCAUCGCGAAGUUCCUUCGGAUCGAUUCGACGCGCAGGCUCAUUGCGAUCCCUCCGGCAAGGGAAAGAACAAGAGUCAUACGCCAUAUGGCUGUUUCAUCGACGAGCCCGGCCUAUUCGAUCCUCGAUUCUUCAACAUGUCUCCCCGCGAGGCUGCUCAGACCGACCCCAUGGGCCGAUUGGCGUUAGUCACUGCCUAUGAGGCGUUGGAGAUGUCCGGAUAUGUGCCAAACCGCACGCCCUCUACCAAGCUGAACCGCAUUGGCACCUUCUACGGACAGACUUCGGACGACUGGCGUGAGAUCAACGCCGCCGAGAACGUUGACACCUACUUCAUCACGGGUGGUGUGCGAGCCUUUGCGCCAGGCCGCAUCAACUACUACUUCAAGUUCUCCGGACCCUCAUACAGCAUCGAUACAGCCUGCUCAUCCUCUCUUGCGGCUAUUCAGCUAGCUUGUACCUCCUUGUGGGCCGGCGACUGCGACACCGCCUGUGCCGGCGGUUUGAACGUUCUUACCAACCCCGACAUUUUCGCAGGUCUUAGCAAGGGCCAGUUCCUGUCCAAGACUGGUAGCUGCAAGACGUACGACAACGACGCCGACGGCUACUGCCGUGGUGAUGGUUGCGGCAGUGUCAUUCUCAAGCGAUACGAAGAUGCUGUUGCUGACAAGGACAACAUCCUUGGCUGCAUUCUUGGCGCCGCGACCAAUCACAGUGCCGAAGCCGUGUCGAUUACGCACCCUCACGCCGGCGCCCAGGAGUUCCUCUACAAGAAGGUGCUUGCCAACGCUGGCGUCGAUGCUCAUGAGAUCAACUACGUCGAGAUGCACGGCACUGGUACUCAGGCCGGUGACGGUAUCGAGAUGACCUCGGUCACCAACACCUUCGCGCCCCGCCACCGCCAGCGCCGCCCCGAGCAAAAGCUCCAUCUCGGUGCUAUCAAGGCCAAUAUUGGCCACGGCGAGGCCGCCUCUGGUAUCAAUUCUCUCGCCAAGGUCUUGAUGAUGUUGAAGAGGGACGCCAUUCCCGCCAACGUUGGUAUUAAGGGUGUCAUGAACAAGACUUUCCCUAAGGAUCUCCUCCAGCGCAACGUCCACAUUGAGACGAAGCAGGUGGCCUUCCCUCGUAAGGGAGCCGAGAAACGCAAGCUCUUCCUGAACAACUUCUCAGCUGCUGGGGGUAACACCGCCAUUCUCAUCGAAGACGGCCCCUUGCCCAAAGCCCCAGAAGGUGUCGACCCGAGGGGAAUGCAGAUGGUGACAGUCACCGCCAGGUCCAUUGCAUCCCUGAAGCGAAACAUCAACAACCUUAUCAAGUACCUCGAUGACCACCCUGAGACUACUCUGCCUAGCUUAUCCUACACCACCACGGCCCGUCGCAUCCAGCACAACUACCGUGUCUCUGUCUGCGUUGACGACAUCUCGAAGGUCAAGAGCGCUUUGCAAGCACAGCUCAAGGACACCUACAGCCCCAUUGCCAUGGUCCCGACCAAGACAGCCUUCACCUUCACCGGCCAGGGCUCUCAAUACACCGCCCUCGGCAAGAAACUGUAUGAGGAGCUGGACAGCUUCAGGGCCGACAUCGAGCAGCUCGACAACCUUGGUCGUCUACACAAGCUCCCGUCCUUCAUCCCUUUGUUGGAUGGUACUGACGUCGCUACCCUCACUCCGGUCGUGGUGCAGCUUGGUAUGGCCUGUAUCCAGGUCGCGCUUGCUCGCAUAUGGGCCUCUUGGGGCAUCAAGCCUACCGCUGUGAUCGGCCACAGCUUGGGCGAGUAUGCGGCCCUUCAUGUCGCGGGCGUUUUAUCCGCCAGCGACAUGGUCCUGCUUGUUGGGCGUCGUGCUCAGCUCCUUGAGCAGGAAUGCACUGCCCAUACCCACGGCAUGCUUGCUGUGAAGGGGAGCGUUGACGCCAUCCGCCAGGCUCUUGGAGACAAGAUGACUGAGAUCGCCUGCAUGAACGGACCUGAGGAGACCGUCCUCUGCGGCACAGUUGGUGUGGUAGAGUCUACUAGCGAGCUUCUCGCCGCUAAGGGCUUCAAGGCUACAAAGCUAAAUGUGCCGUUCGCCUUCCACUCCGCCCAGGUUGAGCCCAUCCUUGAGAAGUUCAAGGCGGUUGCUGCACCUGUUGUCUUCAGCAAGCCCGAGGUUCCUGUCCUAUCGCCCUUGACUGGCGAGGUUAUCCGAGAGGCAGGCAUCAUUGGCCCUGACUAUCUUGCCCGCCACGCCCGCGAGACCGUCAACUUCUGGGCUGCCCUCAGCACUGGCAAGGAAGACAAGGCCUUUGAUGACAAGACUGCUUGGGUCGAGAUUGGUGCUCACCCUGUCUGCAGCGGUAUGGUCAAGUCUUCUCUUGGUGGCACGCCUUGCACGGCUGGAUCACUCCGCCGCAAUGAGGACCCGUGGAAGACGCUCACAACAAGUAUCUCGACCUUGUACCUUGCUGGUGUUGCCUUCGAUUUCAACGAGUGGCACAAGCAUUUCAACGAUGCCCACCAGCUUCUUGAGCUCCCCACGUACUCUUUCGACGACAAGAAGUACUGGCUCGACUAUCACAACAACUGGACUCUCACCAAGGGUGAAGCUCCCCGUGUGGUCGAGGCAAAGGCCAUCGAGGCUCCUGUGGAGGUCAAGUCCAAGCUCUCUACCACUUCCUGCCACCGCAUUGUUCGCGAGGAACUGCAUGCCAAUACUGGUACCGUGGUAGUCCAAUCCGAUCUGUCCGAUCCUAAGCUGAGGGCCACCAUCAGCGGCCAUCAGGUCAACGGGACUCCGCUCUGCCCGUCCUCGUUGUACGCCGAUCAGGCAAUGACCAUUGCGGAUUAUCUCUGGAAGCAGCUCCGCCCGAACCUUCCCACUCCCGGUCUUAACGUCUGCUCCGUCGAGGUUCCGAAGACGUUGAUCCCGCAGUAUCCUCCUCCUCCUGGUGGUCAACAUCUGCAGAUCGAGGCUACAGCCGACCUUGAGACGAGCAGAGUCGACGUCAAGUUCCGCACUGUCCCCGCCGAUGGCUCUAAGGUGCUUGCUGAGCACGCAUUCGGCACUGUCAAGUAUGAGGAUGUGGAUACCUGGAAAGAGGAGUGGGCCCGCACCCAGUUCAUGGUGCAGACCCAGAUUGAUCUCCUCAACCAGAAGCUCCAGACCGGUGCCGCCCACAAAGUCCUUCGCGGAAUGGCCUACAAGCUGUUCAAGGCUCUGGUCACCUAUGCCGACAACUAUCGCGGCAUGGAAGAGGUUGUCUUGGAUGGAAAGCAGACCGAAGCCACCGCCCAAGUCCACUUCCAGACCACGCCCGCCGACGGCGAGUUCUUCUGCUCUCCAUACUGGAUCGAUAGCUUGGCCCAUCUCUCAGGCUUCAUCGUCAAUGCUUCCGAGCACCUUGACUCCGACAACUCCGUCUACAUUUCUCAUGGUUGGGGCUCCAUCAAGAUCUCGAAGCAGCUCUCUCCUGAGAAGAAGUACCGCUCUUAUGUGAGGAUGCAGCCUGCUCCGGGCAACGUCUCCGUCGGUGAUGUGUACAUCAUGGAGGAUGGUGAGGUCAUCGGCAUGGUGACGGGCCUGAAGUUCCAGAACAUCCCCCGCAGGGCCCUCAACAUCAUGCUUCCUCCCGCUGGCGGUGCCGCUAAGGCUGCACCUGCCCCUGCCACCAGGGCUGCUCCUGCGAAGGCUCCCGCUCCGGUACCUGCGAAGAUCCAGAGCGCCCCGGCCAAGGCCGCCUCGAAGCCUGCUGCAAAGCCUGCGAAGCCCGCCAAAGCCGCUCCUCGCGCUCCUAAGCCCUCUGGCAACUCCAUGACUUCUCGCGUCAUGAAAAUUAUCGCCGAGGAGACCGAUGUCGAUAUGGCCGAGCUUGUCGAUGAGGCUGCGUUCGAGAACCUUGGCGUCGAUUCGCUUAUGUCGCUUACUAUCUCAGCCAAGUUCCGUGAGGACCUUGACUUGGAGAUUAGCUCGACCCUGUUCACGGACUACCCGACCGUCGGCGAGAUGAAGAAGUUCUUCUCGCAAUACGAUGGUGGUGCCCCUCUUGUUGAGGAUGACGAUGAGUCCGACACCACAGAGGAAUCUGAUUUGGGCACUCCCUACGAGGCUGCAGUGGCUAGCACGCCUGCCAGCUCAGCUCCAAGUGUCUCCGGAAAGGAAUCCAUGGACAUCAGAGUCUCCGAGACUCGCGAGGUCGUUGACGGUGACGCCAGCCUUGCUCGCAAGAUCGUCGCCGAGGAGAUGGGUGUCGACGUCUCCGAGAUCACCGACGGCCUCGACCUUUCUGAGAUGGGCAUGGACUCUUUGAUGAGCUUGACCAUCCUCGGUGCGCUCCGUGAGCAGACCGGCAUCGACCUCCCUUCGACCUUCCUCACCACCAAUGUCACAAUCGAAGACAUUGAGAACGAGCUGGGCAUGCGCCCCAAGCCCAAGGAGAUUGUCAAGGUUGCUGCAACGGCUACUGUCAAGUCAGCGUCCAAGCCUGCUCCCACUCAACCUCAACUCGCUGAGGUGAACAAGAAGCUUGCUAAGGUCGUUGACGUCUCCAACAUGCCUCCUGCCACCUCGGUCCUUCUUCAAGGCAAUGCCAAGGUCGCCACGAAGAAGUUCUUCCUGGUCCCUGAUGGAUCUGGCAGUGCCACUUCUUACAUCUCCAUCCCCAACAUCUCUCCGGAUAUGGCAGUGUUCGGGCUGAACUGCCCGUUCAUGAAAUCUCCGGAGAAGUGGACUUGUGGCGUUGAGGGCGUGUCUGCUCUCUUCCUCGCCGAGAUCAAGCGCCGCCAGCCCAAAGGUCCCUACCUCAUUGGCGGUUGGUCUGCCGGCGGAGUCAUGGCCUAUGAGGUUUGCCAGCAACUUGUCAAUGCUGGCGAGAAGGUCGAGAGCCUUGUGCUGAUUGAUGCACCCUGCCCAGUUUCUCUCGACCCUCUUCCCGCCCGCCUUCACAUCUUUUUCGAUCAGAUCGGUCUUCUCGGCACUGGUAAGCCCGGAGGUACUCCCUCUUGGCUCCUCCCCCACUUCGCUGCCGCCAUCCAGAACCUGAAGGAUUAUGACCCGAUCCCCAUGGAUCCGAAAAUUGCACCACCCGUCCUUGCCAUCUGGUGCACUGACGGCGUGUGCCCCAACCCGGAUGAUCCUCGCCCGCCGCCAGGUGAGGGUGAGGACCCAGCUCCCAUGAAGUGGUUGCUCAACAACCGCACCGUCUUCGACGACAAUGGCUGGGCGCAGCUGCUGCCGAAGGGGAACUUUGAGUACGCUGUCAUGGGCGGCAACCACUUCACGAUGAUGAAGGGUGAACACGGUGCUACCCUUGGCAAGCUCAUCCAGAAGGGAUUGAAGCUAUGAGCAUUCACUAUGAGCAUAUUUCUUAUUAUUAAUAGAUGGCAUACAUUUCCUUUGUUCAAGGGUUGAACUUGGGAAUGCUGGCGUCUGGGUUUUUG